AUGCAAGUGGCCAGGGCUAUCUGCGCCGUUGCAGCGCUUGCUGGCUCAGCUAGCAGUCGCGCGACUAACACGAGUACGCCAAAGCAGCCACUAUUGGCCGACGGUAUCGUCAAUCUUGGUAUUGCGACAGACGCCUACAACAAGGCAAAGGCAUUCGUUGCCCUGUUGAACAAUGAGCAAAAGAUCAAGAUCAUUGGUGGCCAGAGCUUUGAUGAUGGCAACGUCUCCUGGUCCGGCUACAGUGGCCAGGACGGCAUCAACAGCGUGAACAACCAGGCCUACGUUUCCGGUUUCUCGACCGCUGCCGCCGUGGGCAUGACAUGGAACCCGGAUCUCGCCGAGGCGCAGUACAAGGCACUAGGCGAGGAAUUCUACGGCGUUGGUAGCAACCUGAUCAAUGCCGGUGUGUCCAGUCCCAACGGCCGCAUUGCGUGGUCGGGCAGACUGGGUGAGUCCAUCUCCCCGGAGCCCUACUUGUCUGGCAUCAUUGAGGCACGAACAGUUCUUGGGUUCAACUCGGCCGGUGUGAUCCCGGUUGGACGACACUUUGCAGUGGACGAGCAAGAAACCAAUCGCGAGGUUGGUGGAUACUCAUCCAACCUCGACGAGAAGACUCUCAUGGAAUUGUACCUCUGGCCAUUUGCAGACUCGGUCGAGGCUGGAAUGAUGGGAGUCAUGUGCUCACUCAAUGGAGUCAACGGAGAAGUGGCUUGUGAGAACGAUGCCCUGCUCAACGGUUAUCUAAAGACCAAACUUGGUUUCCCCGGUCUGGUAUCUCCAGAUGUCGCCGCACAGCAGACUGCCUUGGGUUCUGCCAAUGCCGGCCUCGACUAUGGUUCAAGCCAAUACUGGAGCCAAGCCACAAUUCUUGCCGGCAUUGCCUCUGGCAACUUGACGCAGGCACGGCUUGAUGACAUGGCGACCCGCGUGGUCAUUGGAUAUUACUAUGUCAACUUGGACAAUGGCCAGCAGCCGGCAAAGGUCUCUGGAUCCGAGUAUCGCAACGUUCGUGGCAACCACUCGACUGUCAUCAAGCAAGUAGCGAGAGAGUCAAUCGUCUUGCUAAAGAACAAUAAUGGGGGUACCAGAAACGGAUUCACUACUGGUCUGCCAAUCCAGAAGCCGCACUCAAUUGGUCUUUUCGGUGCGCAUGCAGGUCCCGUAAUGGCCGGCCCCAACGAAGUCUUUUCAGUGACGGGAUCACCUGCCCAAAUCUACCCCGGUCAUCUGGCCGGUAUUACCGGUUCUGGUGAAGACUCGUUCCCCUAUGUCGUCGACCCCUAUGUCGCCCUGAGUAUCCGUGCCAUUGAUGAUGGCACUUCCAUCAACUGGAUCUUCAACAAUACUUAUACGUCUCCUUACACCAUUGGCAUACCGGGCGGAGGAUCUGGUGGAGGCAACGGCAGCACGCCUGGAGGUCCCGGCGGCGGCGGCGGUGGAGGCGGAUUUCCCGGGGGACCUGGUGGUGGUGGCGGUGGUGGAGGAGGAGGCGGUGGCGGCGGUGUUCCAACCUUCCCCGGUGGAUUCGGAACCGGCGGCACUGCUUCUUUUGCAGGAUAUGCCGGAGCAUCUGAUGUCUGCCUCGUCUUCAUCAAUGCAUGGUCCGGAGAGGGCGCUGAUCGUACCGAACUCUCCAAUCCCGGGCAGGAUGCCAUGGUGAACACUGUCGCUGAUAGCUGCAGCAACACAAUUGUUGUGGCCAAUGUUGCUGGCCCGCGCGUGCUCGAUGCCUGGAUCGAGCACCCAAACAUUACCGCCGUUCUCUACUCGGCCCUACUGGGACAGGACAGCGGAAACGCCAUUGUCGACGUCCUGUACGGCGAUGUCAACCCUAGCGGCAAGUUGACCUACACCAUUGCCAAGAACGAAACGGAUUACAUCCCCAUCUGCCUCGAGCUAGAAUGCGAGUUUGACGAGGGUGUUUACAUUGACUACCGAUACUUUGACAAGAACAAUGCUUCUGUCCGAUAUCCCUUUGGCCACGGUCUGAGCUACACGACCUUUACUUAUAGUGAAGACGUUUCCGUUACCAUCACCAACCAGACGGCACUGAGCUCAAAGUACCCGACCGAACCCAUAGGACUUGGAGGUGAAGCCGACUUGUUUGAAGAUGUCAUUACUGUAGAGACGUCUGUCCAGAACUCGGGAAGCGUAAAUGGCGCCGAGACUGUUCAAUUGUAUGUCAGCUUCCCGGCAGAGGCUGAGCAGCCUGUUCGCGUGCUGCGAGGGUUCAACAAGGUCUCAAUCGAGGCUGGACAGUCUGCCGAUAUUUCCUUCAAUUUGCGACGACGCGAUAUCAGUUAUUGGGAUACCGACGCUGAGCAGUGGGCCAUUGCCAGCGGCGAGUACACGUUCUCGGUUGCUGCCUCUUCGCGAGACAUCAGAUCCACAACAACACUUGAGCUGUAG